CUAACUUUUAAAAUAAGAUUAAUUUCAAAUAAUCAUGGCAGUGGAUCUAAAUGAAGUCAAAAUUAAUGUAAGGAGCUUGUUAACCAGUUCUCAAAAACCACUCAGUAUUUUACAGCUCCAAAAAGAUUAUCAGGAACAAGAAGGAUGUAACUUACCUUAUAGAAGUUUAGGUUUUAGUUCAGUCAUUGAAUUGCUUCAAAGUAUGACUGAUGUUUUAACUGUCCCUCCAAAUCCAAAUGAGUCAACUACAUUAUCUCUUGUUGUUUGUGAUAAGACCAACCAUUUAAGAAUGCUUGUUGUUAAACAAAGAUCAAAUACCAGAAAAAAGAAAGCAAAACCCAAUAUGAAUAGACGAUAUGGACAUCAAAUAAGUCAUAAUGGAAACAAAACUUUUUCUGGACACAACUCUCAUAGUAAAAAUAUUCUAACUAAAACCAACAAUUAUGUAAGCAGCAUAUCUCAAAAUACUAGAAGUGACUUUCAUAGAUCUAAUAAUUCUUCUAAAAGUUAUAAUCAAAUUAAUCAGUCAUCUUCAACUAGUAAAAGUUAUUUGGAUUUAAAUAGAAAUGAUUUUAAUCAAGAUGCAAAUUCUAGUACUGGUUAUAUGACAGAUAAAUUACGUUCUGAUAUAGAAAGAUUCAUACUUGAAAAUCAAAAGCUGAUAUCUAUAUAUAAGUUAAAAGAAAUCGUAAAACAACAUCCUGACUAUUCAGUUUUGAAAAUAAACUGUAUGCAAGAUUUAAAAGAUCGAGUUAAAGAUUUUUUAAAUAUAAAUGAUACAAGUGUUUCUUUAAAAAAUACAUUACAAUCUAAAACUUCUAUAGCCAGUUUACAUCACAAUACAGAUGUACAAAUUAAGCCUUUAAUACUAUCUGAUGUUAAUAAAUCAUCAUAUAAUAAUUCACUGCCUAGUAUAUCAGCUAUAAAUCAUAUUAAUAGUGAAGAUAAAAAUGUGAUUAAUUCAAAAAAAUAUGAAUGUAAUGAACAAAAUAUAGUGUCUGAUUUGUAUACACGGCUAACAGUUAAUGGAUUUCAAGAAGAUACACUUCAUAAUAAAAAUCUAAAUGAUAAUAAUUUUGGAAUGAAUAGUAAAAUAAAUAGAUCAAUUGAAUCUUUGACUGAUUAUAUAGAUAUGUGUAAAAAUCAAAGUAUGAUUAGAGAACUUGGAGAUGGUUUUUAUAAUACAGAUAAAAACUCUGAUAUUGCUAAAAUUAAUUUAAGAAAAAAUAUUGAACAUGUGAAAAAACUAUCAGAAAAUAGAAAAAAAAAAUAUGUAGAUACAGAAUUUGUAAAUGGAAAGAAACCUGAAUCUUGUUCUAUUACUAUGAGUGGUGAAAAUUCUCUUAAAACUUUAAAUUCGUUUUUGCAUUCUACUCCAAAGAAAAAUAAUAAUGAUAACAUAACAUUGGAUGAAGACCAAUGUAUUCCUGAUGUAAUAAGGUUAAACAUUGCAAGAAUAUUCAAAGUAUACUGUUAUGGUGUGAAUACUGAGAAUUUUAAAUUAAUUUAUACUAAAUUGUACUGUACUAUUUUUGAUCCAAUUUAUUUUGGUUUUACAUCAAUUAAACAAUUGUUAAAGGUAUUGGAUCAAAUGAUUGAAAUUCGUAAUAAUGUACUGUACCCGAAAAAUGAAUUUAAAUUAUGUGAAAAUAUGGAUUUUAAAAAUAAGAAUGAUUGUUUAUUAUCAAACAUUCGUUUAAAUAAUGAAGUAAACAUUUCUACAAACAUAGAACAACCAUUAUUGUCUUUUAAUCAGGAUAGAUUAAAAAAAAUGCUGUUGGUUGAAACAUAUAAUCCAAGUUUAUUUUAUUUACAAUUAUGUUAUAAGAUUGUAGAACUUGAUCGUCUAAUGAUGCAAAUGCAACAAUUUUAUGAAACUGAAAAUAAAAACUAUUUUGUCAAAAUGGAACAAAUUUUACCAGGUUCAUUUUAUGCAUCUUCCUAUACUUCAUUUUCAAAUUUUAAACAAUGGUAUAGAGUAAGAGUUUUAAGAGAAGUUAAUCCAACCACUGUUGAAGUUAUUCAUGUGGACUAUGGAACUAUUGAUAAUAUUCCGAAGACUGAAUUACGAUUUUUAAAAUGUGAAUUUUGUAAUUUACCAUGUCAAGCAAUCCAUUGUUGUUUGACUGGUUAUAAUGAACUUGAUUCAAUUUCACCUGAAGUUACAAAAGCAUUUUUAGAAAUCAUAAAUAUUAAUAAGGAGGUUUUGGUUAUGGUCGAUGCUUAUUUUAUAUUGAAUAAACAUUGCCAAAUCUUACAUGUCACCUUGUUCCAAAAUAAAUCAAAUAAUUCAAAAAAAUUAGAAAAUAUCAACAACGAGUUAACUAUAUGGCAUUUGAAACGCUGAGAAUUCUGCACUUUCUAGACAACUUUUAUCGGACAGGACAGUCUAUAAGUUGAACAAUAAAAUGAUCUAGACAUAAUUGUUAUAAGUAUUUAAUUUAAUUUAUUUUUUUUUUUAGUUUUAGUUUAUCCUACUUGUUACUUUUUAAGAAUUUUAUAAGUUUUUGAUUUGUAUUACUGUAUUUUAUUUAUUUGUAGUUUUAUUUUUAAACUUUUACUGACGUAACUUGCAGUGGUCUUUUAAUAGACAAAUGCUUAUUGUGGUCACUUUUUAAAUGUAUAAAUUAUUACCGCACGUUCGUACGCGGUACAUUAUGUCGAAAAAAACAAGAUAUGGGACCAGUUUUGUACUUUUUUAAAACAUAAAAAGAAUAUAGUGGGUACCACCCACUCAUUUACGCGUGCUUAUAAUAAUGCUCUCCCCGUUGUCAAAAACUAACUAUUGUUUAUUAUAUUAUUAUUAUUAUUAUUUCGUCGUAUAUAUUGUAUGUACAUAACAUUUAUUUUAUAUGUGUACAAUUUAUUCGCGACGUCUGCUCAUUUUUACAGCUAUUGUUUGUUCGAGAUUUAUGUUUACAAAAAAUAAUACAAUAACAUUCGCAAUGUUUUAAAAACAAAAAAGAUUAGUAAGGUAUAGCGAAAUCGUGUUUUCUUGGGUGAGUAUAUAUUAUAUAGUAUAUACUGACUAUGUGCACAUGGCACCGUCAGGAUAUUAUUCGAAUUUGCUGCAGAACACAUAAUGUAUCUGCUAUUACGUGCGAUUAAAAAUUAUCAUGCUUAUAGCUGUUUGGUUUGAGAUUUCCGUAAAUUGUACACACAAAAUUUAUUAAUUUGUAAGUGUUACUCAUGUAUCAUGACGACGUCAUAAUAUUACUAUCAUUUUUAUUAAAUUAUCCAUAACAUAAAUGUAUAAAACUCGUGUUAUAGUAUUGGAAAUAUUAUUAUUAUUAUAAAUACCGCUAUUGUUGAACGGCUAACCUUAUAUUACAAUUAUUAGACUAUUAAUUGUUUACAAAAUAUGACAAUAUGACAUCAUAUUA